CAGCCACUGGGAAAGGGGCUUCGGGCGGCUAUGCAGAGGGACAAUAUUCGCACAGCGUCGAUUGAUGAUGAACCUGAUACUGACAGAGACCGGCGGAGGGCUCAAGAAGAACAUGCUGCUAAAAUAAUUAGGAGGAUGUGGUGGUGUCACAUAAGACACAGACUGUUUAAACUUUUGAAACACACAAUUCGUGCUGCAGAGCAUUGCAUUAGCUAUGAUAUUUUGAAAAGAGUGAGUCCUUUGGAAGCGGAACUUCUUAAAGAACCUACUAUUCAGUGUAAAGUUAAAUUCAGAUUUGCUGGGACUGAUUUCCCCCCUUUCGUUGUGUUCAAGAUAUUUUGCAAGUCAAAAAACCAAAGCAGCAAGUACAUAAGUGGAAAAAGAAUAAUAACAUCAACAAGUGAGGCAGCUGCUGAUGCUUGCAAAUUAAUGGGAUAUCGGAAAUAUUAUAAUCAAAUGCUGCAGGAUGAACUUCAGUAUAAGAAAUAUGGUAUAAUAGAUGAGAUGGAUGUUGCAACAAUAAAAGACUACAUGAAAUAUAUCAGUUAUAUGGAUGAGACUCCAUCAUACUUUGGUGGUAGGCAUAACUACUGGAGAAAACUUUCUUUAGAAAACUUUCCCAGAACAAUGAUGGUAUAUGACAUUAUGGACUACGCACAGUCUGGGAAGCUGUCUCCAAGACUUAGAGUGAAACUGCCAUUGCUGCUACUGAGGCCACAAAAUGAAGAAAUGUAUCGUGCUCAAGUCUUGGCAGUUUGUGAACUCAGAUCUCCAACACCAUGUCGCACAAUUGCUUCUCUAUCAAAUAUAGACCAAAAAUCAGUGUGCAGACCUUCUGAACGUCGUUCUCGCCAAGCUAAGCAGAAGAUUGCAAAAAUGAGGAAAGCAUAUAGGAUUGAGAAAGGAGGAACCGAACCACAUUUAAGUGAUCAGAAAGAAAAUACGGUUUUAUUUGCUGAAGGUUCAAGCACUGUAAGUCUACUUUCAGUUGAAGACUGGGAGAAAGAAGCAGUAGAGCUGUAUGACUGGGCCAAAUCUCUACGAACUGAAGAUAUUGGGGAAGACUGACCUACAAUAAAUAUUUUUCUCCAUGCUUUUUCCACUUGAAUAAAACAGUUGUAGAAAGCAAAUAGAAUAUAUAUAUUAUUCUUUUUUUAUAGUAUGCAAAUCUCCUGCCGUGGACCCAUUGUAAACACAGCCAUGAGAAGAACAUUAAUAAAUAAUAAAAUUAUUUCA